AUGGCCAACUUCCUCGCCUCCAUCUUUGGCACCGAGCUCGACAAGGUCAACUGCUCCUUCUACUUCAAGAUCGGCGCCUGCCGCCACGGCGACCGCUGCUCGCGCAAGCACGUCAAGCCCUCCUACAGCCAGACCAUCCUCAUGCCGAACCUGUACCAGAACCCGGCCCACGACCCCAAGAACCGCAUGAACCCGAGCCAGCUGCAGAACCACUUUGACGCCUUUUACGAGGACAUUUGGUGCGAGCUGUGCAAGUACGGCGAGCUCGAGGAGCUAGUCGUCUGCGACAACAACAAUGAUCACCUCAUAGGAAACGUCUACGCCCGCUUCAAAUACGAAGACUCGGCCCAGAAAGCCUGCGACGACCUCAACUCCCGCUGGUACGCCGCCCGCCCCAUCUACUGCGAGCUCUCGCCCGUCACCGACUUCCGCGAGGCCUGCUGCCGCCUCAACUCGGGCGAGGGCUGCGUCCGCGGCGGCUUCUGCAACUUCAUCCACCGCAAGGACCCCUCCGAGGAGCUCGACCGCGAGCUGCAGCUCAGCACCAAGCGCUGGCUCAAGGACCGGGGCCGCGACGAGCGGAGUCCCUCGCGGUCGCCCACCCCGGAGCCUGCUAGGAGACGGCACUGA